AAUAUUUCAUUUAAAUUGCUUAAAAAAAUUAAGUCAAAAAUUGCCAAAAAUUAGGAAAUGAUUCAAUGAUUCCAUUUCGUUUUGAAAUUUUUAUAUGUUGUUGAUAUAUAAUUUAAUUUAAUUGCCAAAAAUUAGGAAAUGAUUCAAUGAUUCAAUGACAUUAACUGUUUUUUUACAGAAUUUAUAUAAUUUAUAAUUUAAUUAAUAAAUUUAAAAAUUAAUUUUUAAUUAAAAAAAAUAAAAAUUGAAAAAAUUAAUGUGGUCGUAGGAAUGGAGCCAUCAAGGAGAGGGCAACCCCAAGAGCGUAAUAUUGGCUGGGAGCAUGGGAAGAUGCUCGGUGAACGUCACCAGUUUCAGUGCAAUUAUUGCCACAAGUGCUUCAAAGGAGGAGGAGUAAACAGAUUAAAGCAGCACUUAGCCGGUAAUUCUCGUGAGAUAUCUGCAUGCUCGGAGUGCCCACCGACCAUCCGUCAGCUGAUGAGGAAAAACCUCGCUGAGAUCAAAGCAGCCAAGGAGAGGGCUGCCAAGCAGAAAGCGGAGGUGGAACGCCAAGCUGCAGAAGCACCUUCCUAUCACUUGAUGGAGUCACAGGAGGCCGAGGGUCCAGAUGAGGAGGAGGCACAGAUCCAGGCUGCCAUGCGGGCGAGUCUGGAUGAUCGAUGGCAGCAGGAGGAGGUGGCGAGGCAUCGGGCUCGAUUUGGGCCCUCGUUUUUUGAGUCGGGCGCCGGUUCUGGUGGAAGCAGACAAGAUCCAGAGUUUCAAAGGACAACAUCAGUCAGGAAGGGCGAGGGCAGAGGACGUAGCCGGAUUGCAUCUAUCCUGGGUGGUUUUGGUAGCCGAAAGAAGUCUUCCGGAGGGAUUCCACCAGGUGCGUCAAUCCAUGAUGUAGAUCCGCAUGCCUUCCCCAGAAGAGAUUCGAAGCAGCAAAGAGUAGACACAAUGUGGAAGAAGGAGAAGAAGAAGGAUAUGUGGCGAGCUAUUGGAUCCUGGUUCCACUUCAGCCACAUUCCAGCAAAUGCUGCAGACAAUACAUACUACAAGUCUGCCAUUUCUGCCAUACAGACUGCCGGUCCCGGUGUUGAUCCUCCAGGUCCGAGGAACAUCUACGGUGAGCUUCUUGACAACAAUAAGGAAGAGCUAGAGAAUUGGAUUGGUUCAUAUAAAAGCAAGUGGCCCACAUAUGGGCUCACUCUGAUGUGUGAUGGUUGGACCGGUCCGACAAAGCGGGCCAUCAUCAACUUUCUGACAUACUGUGAUACAAAGAUCUUCUUCCACAAGUCAGUUGAUGCUUCGGAUAAGGUGCACAACGCCUCAUACAUCCUCAGACUUAUGGAGGAGGUGAUUGAUCAGAUUAGAGAGGAGAAUAUCGUGCAGGUCGUCACUGAUAACGGACCGCAAUAUAAGUUGGCCGGGCAGGUCUUGAUGGAGCGGCGACCAAAAAUUUUCUGGACCCCAUGUGCUGCACAUUGCAUCGACCUCAUCCUGAUGGAUAUUGGAAAGAUCCGUAGGGUGCAACAUACGGUGGAGAUAGCCCAACGCAUCACCAGGUAUAUUUAUAGCCAUACUUGGGUUCUUUCAUUAAUGAGAAGGUAUGCAGGGGGAGAAAUUCUUAGACCAGGAGUCACACGGUUUGCUACGAAUUACAUUGCACUUGAUAGCCUUAUCGAGAAGAAAGGAGCCCUACGUCAGAUGUUUGUUAGUCCCGAGUGGCAGGAAAGUAGAUAUGCCCAGGCCGGCACUGAAGGAAGCAGGAUGGAAGACUUGGUAAGCAGGCAGUCAUUCUGGCAGCGGGCCAAUGCGAUAGUCAAGGCUAUCAAACCAUUAUAUGAAGUGCUGCGGGCCGUGGAUAGCGAGAGGUAUCCCCAGAUGGGCUUUUUGUAUCACAUGAUGGAGAAGGCAAAGGCUCAGAUCAUGGAGGCAGAUGUAGCCCAUGCCCAGGAGUACAUCGACAUCAUUGAGCGGCGGUGGGGAGCCCAAAUGUGUAGGGAAUUGCAUCUAGCAGGUAAGCGAUAAUAUUGAUAAUUAUACUGAUUGAUAUAUUUGUAUAGUUAUACUAAGAUGGUGUCAUCUAUGUGCAGCAUACUAUCUGAAUCUCCGGUUUCAGUACGAGAGUGGAAUUGGUAUGGAUGAUGAACUUCUUCAUGCUCUGCGUAAUGUUAUUUAUAAGAUGGAGCCUGAUCCAGAAGUCGCCGCGUUAUGUAUAGAAGAGACCAAAUUAUUUAGAGAGGGUAGCCACAGCUUUGGACAGCG